AUGCAGUAUGACGAGGCCCUGAAGAGGGGCCACGCCCCCCAGCCGCCUGGCCACGCCCCCGCCGGAGGCCACGCCCCCUGCGACCACAACCUGGCGCUGUUCGAGGAGGAGCUGGCUGCCCGGCCCCGCGUCCCGGCCCUAUUACGCCGCAUCGCCGCCUACAGCAGCUUGGGGCCCGACAGCGAGCUGGGGCCCGGCCCGCGGCGGGCGCUGGGCACGCUGUGCGGGGUGGCGACGCCGUCGCUGCAGACGCUGCUGGGGCUGGUGCUGGUGCUGCGGCUGCCCUGGGCUGUGGGGUCGGGCGGCGUGCUGCAGGUCUGCGGGGUCGGCGUGCUGCUGGGCGCCUGCGCCGUGCUCACCGCCCUGUCCCUCAGCGCCAUCGCCACCAACGGGGGUGCCCCCGGGGGCGGCCCGCUGGCGCUGCUGUGGGGGGCGCUGGGCCCCGAGGCGGGGGGCGCGGUGGGGCUCUGCGCCUUCCUGGGGGCCGCCUUCGGGGCCGCCAGCGCCGCCCUGGGCGCCGCCGAGCUGCUGCUGCCCCCCGGCGGCCAUCUCCAGCCCUGCCCCACGCCGCGCCGCGGGGACAACGGCAGCGCCGCCCCCCUGCCGGCCGUACCGGGGCCCAGCGCCCGCCUGCUGGCCCGGAACCUGUGGCCCCCUGAGCCGCCCCUCGGCGACACCGCCGCCACCUUUGGGCUCCUGCUGGGUCUCAGCCUCCCCACGGCCUCCGGGGUGCUGUGGGGCUGCAGCCACGCCGGGGAGCUGCGCGACGCCGCCCACUCCAUCCCCGCCGACCUGAGCGCGGCCCUGCUGCUGGGAGCCUGCGUGGAGGGGCAGCUGCUGCGCGACAAGUUCGGCUCGUCGCUGCGGGGCCGCCCGGUGCUGGCGGCGCUGUCGUGGCCGUCCCCGUGGCUGCCGCUGGCGGGGGCGCUGCUGGCGGCGGGGGGCGCGGGGCUGCAGGCGCUGGCGGGGGGCUCGCGGCUCCUGAGGGGCCUGGCCCGGGCCCGCGCCCUCCCCCUGCCCCCCGCGCUGGGGCGCGGCGAGCUGUGGCCGCUGGCGGUGACGGCGGCGGUGGCGGAGCUGGGCGUGCUGCUGGGCUCCAUCGACCUGGUGGCGCCCGUCCUGUCCGUGUUCUCGCUCACCGCCUACCUGUGCCUCAACCUGGCCUGCGCCAUGCAGGGGCUGCUGACGGCGCCCGGCUGGAACCCGCGCUGCCGCCUCUACCACUGGGCGGUGUCGCUGGCGGGCGCGGGGCUGUGCCUGGCCCUGAUGUUCGCCACCUGCUGGUUCUACGCCCUGCCGGCGCUGGGCAUGGCGGGCAUGGCCUACACCUACGCCGACCUCCAGGGCGCCCCCUCGGAGUGGGGCGAGGGCUUCCGCUCCCUCCCCCUGAGCGCCGCCCUGGCGGCCCUACGGCACCUGGAGCAGCGCCCGCCGCGGCGGCCCCAGCUGCUGGUGCUGCUGAAGCUGGACGCCGAGCUGCGGGUCACCCAGCCCCAGCUGCUGGCCCUGGCCGCUCAGCUGCGGGCCGCCGGCGGGCUGACGGUGGCCGCCUCCGUGCUGCCCGGGGACGUGCUGCAGGCCAGGGAGCGCGUCAGGGCCGCCGAGCAGGCGCUGCGGGGGGCGCUGGCGGGGGCGCGCUGCGGGGGCUUCGUGCAGGUGCUGGCGGCCGGGCGGGCGCGCGAGGGGCUGGCGGCGCUGGUGCAGGGCUGCGGCCUGGGGGCCCUGCGCCCCGACACCGUGCUGCUGGGCUGGCCCCGAGGCUGGCGCCGCCGCGACGACCCCGCCGCCGCCCGCGACUUCGUGGAGCUGCUGCGGGUGGCGGCGGCCGGUGGCCGGGCCCUGCUGGUGGCCAAGGGGCCGCUGGGGACCGGGGCACCGGGGGGGUCCCUGGACGUGUGGUGGGUGGUGGGCGACGGGCGGCUGCUCACCCUGCUGCCCCUGCUGCUGCGCCAGCACCCGGCGUGGCGCGGGUGCCCGCUGCGGCUCUUCGCGGUGGCGCUGCUGGAGGACAACAGCCUGGCCCUGGGCCGCCUGCUGCAGGCCUUCGCCCAGCGCCUGCGCCUGCCGGCCCGCACCGAGGUGGUCGAGCUGCACGACAGCGACGUCUCCGCCUACACGUACGAGCGCACGCUGAUGAUGGAGCAGCGCUCCCGCAUGCUGCGCCAGAUGCGCCUGGCGCGCCAGGCCUGGCACGGCUCCGCCCCCCCCAGUGGAGGGGAGGAGGAGGAGGGGGGAGGAGGGGGCGGCCCCCGGCCGGGCCCCAGCCCCACCAACGUGCGGCGCAUGCACGCGGCCGAGCGGCUGAACGAGGCCAUGGGGCGGCGCUCGGCGGGGGCGCGCCUGGUGCUGCUCGACCUGCCGGCCCCGCCCCCCGCCUCGCCCCGCCCCCGUGACGACAACUACGUGGAGUUCCUGGAGGUGCUGACGGAGGGGGCUGGGCCCCGUGCUGCUCGUGCGGGGCGGCGACUAGCCCAGUAUGGACCAGUAUAAACCGGUAUGGACUGAGUAGGGAACCAGUGUGCACCAGUAUGGAACCAGUAUAGACCAGUAUGGAACCAGUACGGGCCCAGCAUCGCAGCAAGCGGCUUCCCAGUAUGGGCUGCGCUGCUCCCAGUAUGGCUCCGCCACUCCCAGUCUGGGCCCGGAGCUCCCAGUAUGAG